CAGCCAUAACACCAGAAUACGUCACAUGUACAGUUUCUCUGAAGACGCCGUCAUGACAUUUGUCAACACGCACUAUUCUCCUUACAGAAGAAAAUAUAAAUAAUCUAAACGAAUAUUCGUUUCUAGAGAAAAGGAAGAGUAAAAGGAGAAAAGGUGAUACACAACGUCUCAACGAGACGGGCAUCCAUAACGGAAGAAGAAAAGAGCGCUUGUAACUAUCUCUUGUUACUAUGCCGGUUUUGCCUGCAAAUUCGAAGAAGUUAUCCGAUGCUCGUCCAAAAAAUCCAGACAAGGAUGAUAUUGUCCUGAGUUAUCAUGACUAUCUGCUUAGGGCAUCGGAUGUCGCAUUACUGGAGAGAAACGAUUGGCUUAACGACAUUAUAAUAGGAUUCUAUUUUGAAUACCUGAAUCAACAGCAUAGGAAGGACAGCCAAUUAUUAUUUAUCGGACCCGAAGUGGCUCAGCUAUUGAAGAUGCUGGAUUCUUCACAGUAUAAUCUAUUUCUCGACCCUAUUAAGGCUAAAAAUUACGACUUUGUAUUUUUCCCUCUGAAUGACUGUGAUAGCAACGAGGCAGGCGGCUCGCAUUGGAGCUUAUUGAUAUACUCUCAUGUAGAAAAAACAUGUUACCACUUUGAUUCGUCAUGCGGUAUCAACGGCUCCUCCGCGAAAAAGCUUGCACGGAAAGUGACGAAAUAUUUUCUUGAGAAACAAGAGAGAAAGUAUAUUGAGAUGGAUUGUCCGCAACAAGAUAAUAGCUACGAUUGUGGUUUAUACGUCUUAUGUUUAGCAGAUGUGAUAUCUAUGCAUGCUAUAAUGAAUUCUAAAAUAGGCGAUUGUAAUUGUAGUGUCAUUACAAAAAUGGUUCCAAAAAAACGUGCCGACUUAUUAAAAUUAAUUGACGAUUUGAAAAAUACAUAAUAUGCAUAGCAAAGUUUCUAUGAUUAAUAUUAAUAGCAAUUUUGGUUAUUACUUGGUAUUUGCGAUUAUGACUUACUUAUUACUUACUGAUAUAUUAUAUCAGUAAAUAAACCGUACUGUACUUAUGUUCCUUAAUUUUUUCUAUGACUUUAUAUUUAUAUCAUUAUAAUUAUUUGACAUUAAUAAAAAUAUUUUGGAUCUUUUCAUUUCAAAAAUUUAGAUUAUUUGAUAAAGGAAAAAAAAAUAUGUUAUCUCUCAAAAUUAUUCUUUGAGAUUAGGAAACGUUAGAAAAUCUACAGCAUCAACUAAUAUGAAUAACAUGCGCAACAAUAUGAAAUAAACAUUAACUGUUCAAAUCCAUUUGUUCAAGUAACAUACAUUUGGGCGAAUUCAGUACAAAUGUGAGGGAUAAUGCGUUACUAGAGUGACUUGUAAUUAGCGUGUUCGACCCUGACCCUCAUCUUGAAUAGAUAUCCUGCAUGUGCCUCGAUUUAUAAGAGGUUAAUUAUAAAUAGUUGAAGGUUGUGAAAAGGAAUAUAAGGUGAAUUAUUGUAACCCGUUUCAGAAACAAUAAAACUGAUAUAUAUACAAUACAAAUGAGAUGUUUUACAACACAAUAUUACAAACUUUAAAAUUAUAGAAGUCUUUUACUUAAGUCGAUGAACCUAAUAUUAAAAAAUUAUACAGAAGAUUAGUACAAAGAGAAAUGUGCAAAUUAUGUGUUUGCUCAUCAACAGAAAUUAUAUAAAUGGAGCAAGUAAUUAAUAAUUUUCUAUAGUACAAUUCUUGUUGUAUGAUACAUUUUUUAAUAACAUAAAAUCUUCAAUAAAAUGAGAACUUUUGUCCAUACUCGGAUAU